GGUUUAGAUAACAACCAAAUGAUUCACAAUAAAAAAUACUGAAAAUUCAGUAGUAUCAAAUCGUAGGGCACGCUUGUUUUUUUGCCCUACGGAAAAUACCAGAUCAUUAAAAGUGGUGACAGUAUCAAUCAAAGUUUUCACCUGAAAAGCGCAGAGACAGGAAGUAUAAAAGUGUCAAAAAUGUUGAGGGCGGUUCCGUUUCUGCUUUUGAUGGUCCUUCAGGAUGUUACUAGCAUGGAAAGCAUAUCAGAAUUAAUGAAAAAGCAUCCAACUUGGUCCUUCGAGCUGGAGAGCGUGGAGUCGAUGGUGAAGAAGGGAACGGCGUCCCUGCGGAAGAUGCACCCGGAGAUGGAGGUCACGGAGGAGAUGGUGCGGGAGAAGUUGAGGAAUCACAUCGAGCCGGGCGCCACGCACAUCAUCCGCAAAACGGGCGACACGCGCUGGCCAACAGUCGUCCCGCAGACGUUCGACAUCAGGGAUAAGUACAAGGAGUGCGCACACUUGUUCAGCGACAUCGACGACGAAGGAGCUUGCUUCACGGACGCGCAUGUCGUUGUGUCAGCGAUUGCAACGGACAGAUAUUGUAUUUUCACGAACGGCACCUACAAGGAAAAACUUUCCUCUGAGUACCAUGCUGGCUGUUCCGUCUUCUGCACCAAGAGCCCGAAUAUCUGGCCUGCCUGGAAAAACGCUGUCCAAGUUGGCACACCGACCGGUGGUAAACACCAAUCUAACUCAGGAUGUUUACCAUAUGAACACGCCCCAUGCAAGCAUACGAUCACUCAGUACAUAAGUUCGCCAAAACACAAGCAAGAAAUGAAGGUACACAAAAAGGGUAAAGUGAAGCCAUGCGACCAAGAGAUGCCAUACGAUCAUGAUUGUGCGACUAAAUGCACGAAUAAAAAAUACAAGACGCCUCUUGAAAAAGAUUUCAAAAAAUUCACGACUUAUUACUUUACAUCUACGAAUGAGUAUCAGAUUAGGAGUGAAAUUUUCGCCAACGGACCCGUUGUUUCAAGUAUAAUUAUGUACAGCGACUGGUUCGAUCACAAAAAAGGGUGGUACUGGAAGGGAGGCAACACAACCAUCGUGGCAUGGGAUAAGUACUUCAAAAUCAUCGGUUGGGGUAAAGAAGAGGUAGGGAACCAAACGUUGCCCUACUGGCUGGCGGUCAACUCGUGGGACAACUGGGCCGACGGAAAAAUCUUCAAAAUUCUACGUGGUGUCAACUACAUAUGGUCGGAAUGGGUUGUGACAGCCGGAACAUACGAUCCUCUCUAAUUUACUUUUUAAACGAUUAAAACGUAGCAGGAAUUUUACAUCAACUGUUUCCUUCAGAAAUGUGGCAAGGUAACCUUGUCAUCAGUAUAGUAUUCUCGAUGAGAACAAAUAUUCAGGGUGAUUGAAUGUUUAUAUUCCUGUUCUUGACAAUGAAUUCAUUCAGGAUUACACAAUUUUAAAAGCCUU